UGCCCGGCCCCUGCGCGUCGCAUUUACACCGCGCCUCCCGAGGCCAGCGGUAGCAGGGCGCACCACAGACAGCUGCGAGCGGCGAGUUCUUUAAGGAAGCGGCAGGCCGGUGCCUUUGCCCGGCUUGGCUUGGAGUGGGAGUGGCUUGCCUUCUCGGAGAAGACAAGCGAGCAUUCUUGUCUCUGUCCCUCCUCGCUCCCUCCUGCUUUCCUUCUUGUCCUGUUUCUACUAGUAGCAGCAGCAGCCAGCCGCCGCCUCUGCCUGUGGCGCUGUGCGUGAGGAGGAGGAGGAGAGAGCCAGCAGGGGAAGAAGAGGAGGAAGCGGCCGGGGUUGGGAGGGAGAGAUGAGCGUGACCAAGUUCAUCAAGUGCGUGACGGUGGGCGACGGCGCGGUGGGCAAGACCUGCAUGCUCAUCUGCUACACCAGCAACAAGUUCCCCACGGAUUACAUCCCCACGGUGUUCGACAACUUCAGCGCCAACGUCUCCGUGGAUGGCAACAUCGUCAACUUGGGCCUCUGGGAUACUGCUGGGCAAGAGGACUACAGCAGACUGAGGCCACUGAGCUACAGGGGCGCAGACGUGUUCGUGCUGGCGUUCUCCCUGAUCAGCAGGGCGAGCUAUGAGAAUGUUCUUAAGAAGUGGGUGCCAGAGCUGCGCAGAUUUGCACCCAAUGUUCCAGUUGUUCUUGUUGGGACCAAGUUAGAUCUCCGUGACCAUAGAGCCUACCUUGCUGACCAUCCCGGAGCUUCAACAAUCACAACGGCACAGGGUGAAGAACUGAGGAAGCAGAUUGGUGCUGCAGCUUACAUCGAGUGCAGUUCCAAAACACAGCAGAAUGUCAAGGCUGUCUUUGAUACCGCCAUCAAAGUGGUCCUUCAGCCUCCUCGGAGAAGGGAGGCAAUGCCUGCCAGGAGGAAAAGUAGGCGUGGCUCCGGAUGCUCUAUUAUGAACCUGAUGUGUGGCAGCACGUGUGCUGCUUAGGAGGUCGAGGGAGGUGAAGGCGUGAAUCAUGGUGUGUAUGUGUCGUGGCAAGUGAAUUUGCUAUAGAAUGGGACAGCAUGGAUGCCUGCUGCUCUUGUUUUCCGUGGCUCUUCUGCUGUAUGCUUGGGUUUUUAGUCUUAGUGCGUCAGACUCUUCAAGGACUGACUUACCAGACUUCAGUGUCAUGUAACAAGUUUGUUAGACGAGGAUUGCUGUAAUCUUCUGCAAGAGGGAUGUGGUAUAAGUACUUAGUACUAAGAUAUAAGUAAGCCA